AUGGACUCUGUGCUUCUCGACGCACCACCGACCAAACAGGCUCCGCCCAAAUCGCCGCCUCUGGCUUUCCAGGUCACCUCUAACGACUCACUCUGGGCUCCCUCGUUCAAUCCAAUGGCCAUGCAGUCUUUGUCUCAAGUCUCGUCGCCAUACUUUCUGGGUACCUCUCCUACCGAGAAUGACAUGCAGGCCCAGCUCGACAAGCUGCAGGAAGCACUGCGUCUGCAACAUCAAGCUUUCGUCGCCGAGCGAGAGAGCUGGCAAAUGGAGCGGGACAGAAUGCAGCGUCGGGUUAGCGCUCUUGAAUCCCUGCUCAAAUCUCCCAAUGGUCAAAGUCCAGCACGCAGUCCUGCCAUCUCUCCUCAGAACGGCGUCAAGCCUGCUUCAUCUCAACUCCCUAGUAUAGCCGAGGUCGACCCUUCUCGCUUGUCUCCGGAGGUGCCUCGUGUAAAGAGGGACGCUGCCCCAGUACACAUCGAUAUACCCACGUUGGCAGACGCCUCUGUAUUUGACAGCGAUGCCCCCUUGACCGAAGUUCUACAUGGAGACCUGCCUGCUUCUCCACCAGCGACUCGUAAUAUCCUCAGCCCUCCACCGCCAGCCAACGUAAGACAUGCCGGCCAUACUCCUCUCAAGGCUCCUCAUCCUGGUGAAUUCAGCCCUGCUUUGAGUACACGUUCCGACAAAGUCACCGAUACGCCAACUCGCACAAACACUCUUAUGAAUGAGGUCAUGUCACAAGACGAUGGUGCCGAUGAAUCCUUAAAGGGUCCCUUGCACAUGCCCUCACUACCCUGCAAUCCAGGCGCCGAGAACUUCACCGUGGACAUGCUGAGUGCAAAACUAAAAGACAUUUCUGAGCAUCCCGAAGAGAACCAACCAAUAGUUUUACAAAGCACGAAUCUGGUUCUUGAUGAGCCUUCUGAGGCCUCCCCUGCUCUCAACGAAAAAGUCGACUCAGCGAGCAGCGACCCCCUGGAGAAGACCGAAUCGUCUGGUGCAGAAAGCAAGGACAAAAACACUCUCGACGAAGGUAUCCGUCUGCGCACAAAGCCGAGUUCAAAUUUCGGUGCACCCCUUGGCUCGAUGGUGGGUGGAUGGAGGCGUUAG